AUGCGCUCCGAAUUAUUAGGAUGCGGUCAAGCGGUUGAAGGGCAACUGGGUGUUCGAUUGCCGGAACCGACACUUUCGGUACCCGAGCAGAUCAUUGGAGCUCCAAGCGAUGCAACGGGAACCCUCGUCAAAUCGGUUGCAUGCGGAGAAAAUCACACACUGUUUCUUACCGAAAAUGGCAAAAUGUGGAGUGUUGGCGGGAAUCAGGACGGGCAGUUGGGACGAGGCAACCACAACGAAGGCUCGUUCUCGAUUUUUCCGGUGUCGUGCUCGAGUGGAGUUUCGUAUAUUCAAAUUGCCGCCGGAAGAGCGCAUAGUUUGGCGUUGGCCGAAGAUGGAAGAGUGUUCGCGUGGGGAAGCAACGAACACGGACAACUUGCGCUUCCUAGCAAUACCCAACGACAGGAAGUGCCCAAGCGGAUUCAAGUUCUCAGCGAAGUAGUGCAGAUCGCAUGCGGAUCCGACAGUUGUGUGGCGUUGACGGAAGGCGGACACGUCUACGUCUGGGGCGAGCAGGCAGAUGGCCGAUGCUUGCACGAGCCAACUGAAAUUGAGGAGCUCUAUGGAAUUCCGAUUGUUAGAAUUCUUUCUGGUAGCCGACACUGUCUGGCAAUAUCGGCUAGCGGCGCAGUUUUCGGUUGGGGACAAAAUGAUCACGGACAAUUGGGACAUGACGAUCUAACGCCGCAGAAAAAAAUUCGACAAAUCAAUCAGAUGGACGGUAUGAAGGUUGUCGAAGGUGCCUGUGGCGAUCGACAUAGCGUUUUGUUGACGAAUUGCGGUAGAGUCUUCACAUUCGGAUCGGAUUCAUUAGGACAAUGUGGAUUUGAUAAAAAAAUCGAAAAACGAACAUCUCCAACCGCUGUCACUGAGCUAAUAGGAAGUACAGUUACUCGUAUAGCUGCUGGCAGAUGCCACACGAUCACUGUGAUUGGUGGCUAUGUGUAUGCAUUCGGCCUCAACUCAAGUGGACAACUCGGCAAUGGCGGAUUGAGAACCAUGACGAUACCACGUAAAAAUGAUAUGAUGGAUCAUGUAUCUAAUGUAUUCGCUGGAUGGGAUCAAACAUUCUUCUUGAGAUCGAGCGAUGCGAAAAACCAAACUGUUGGCCCAAAUUCGGCUAUUAAACGACCGUUGGGCUUAAAUAGAAAAAUAUUGGAGGAGCGUCUCAAAACCGGUGAUAAACUACAAGUCAUUGAAUUGAUCGAAUCGGUGUUUUCCUCGGUGAGCUGCCUGAACAAUUCGUUUUUGUUCCAAGAUGAUCGAGUUUUUGACGCUGGACGCGAUUCAACGGUUGGUAUUGAUUUUGAUGAGGCAAUGGAGGCUUUGCAACUAUUUUCUGGAUGUGCCUCAGCGAAACAAUAUUGCGAAUUGAUGAUCGAAAUGUUGUCGAUGUCUCUAUUCACUCAUCGGCAAGAUUUCGCGUCGAUUGAAGCUCUUCGUGUAUAUAUUCUUGCUCCUUGGUUCCCGUGUUUUACUGAGUUUGUCACUUAUGAAGUCUCCACUAAUUUGCACGAAGGAUUUGCGAGAUCGAUUAAUUCGCUCAACGGCGGCUGCAAAAAUCUACUAGUCAAUUUAUAUGCAAGACUACCUGUCCGAUAUUUUCGACGGACCAUUAAUGUGCUCAAGAUUGGUGUUCGCGAAUAUGUGAAAAGAAAUAAGGGACCCGCUGAAUGCGAAAUGAUUCUCACUGUUCUUUCAUUUUUAAAUCAAAUCAAUUCGGAGAAGCACAUUGUGCCAACAGAAACAUUUUAUCUUGACGAACUCAAUUCUGCAUUCGAUUUGAAAUUAGAUUACUAUAGUAAGGUUGUGGAUCUUACCAGGAAUGGCAAUAACUCGAAAAACUUCUGGUCUUCCUAUCCAUUUUUGUUGAAUGCAUUAGCAAAAGUCGAUCUUCUACACGCUGAAGCUGUUAUUAUGCGAUCGAUUCGUGUCGGAAAUACCCAGGUUCAAAUACCAUUUUUCGGAACUGCUUAUAUCGAAGUACCGUUUCUCGAAAUACAUGUUCGACGAGAAUUCAUUGUAUCCGACACAAUGAACAAACUCGCUGAAAUCGAUCCAUCCGAUCUUUUGAAGCCUCUAAAAGUGAAAAUCCAAGGCGAAGAAGCCGACGAUGCUGGUGGUGUUCGAAAGGAAUUCUUUAUGAUUGUUAUGCAAAAGAUACUCCAACCCGACUAUGGAAUGUUCGUUGAGGACCCCAACUCGCAUCUCGUUUGGUUCAGUGGCCUUUCGAAUGAUUUUUGUGGAGUCGAACAAUUCAAGCAUUUCGGUCGACUUGUCGGCCUUGCAGUUUAUAAUCAAGUCAUCUUCUCAUUCCCGUUCCCUUUGGCGCUCUAUAAGCUUCUCCUUGAUGAACACCCGAAUUUGGAGGACUUGUGUGAUUUGUCACCAAUUGAGGGCAAGAGCCUUCAAAGUCUUCUGGAUUAUGAAGGAGAUGAUUUUGAGGAUGUUUUCUGUCUGGAUUUUACAAUCACCUAUGAUUUGGUUGGAGAAAAGAUUGUUGAAGAGCUUGUUCCGAAUGGAAAACAAAAGAUGGUCAAUCUUGAAAAUAGAAAGCACUAUGUUGAGUUGUACGUGAAACACCGUCUCGAGAUUGGUGUGAAGAAUCAGAUCGAGGAUCAAGUGAAAUCGUUUGUCGCCGGAUUUCAUGAUGCCCUGCACAGUCGUAUUCUAUCGUUGUUCAAGCCGCGCGAACUCAUGGAAAUGAUUGUUGGCAACGAGAACUAUGAUUGGAGCCAGUUCCGCGAGAUCGUUGAAUAUGAACCACCGUAUGAUAAGGACCAUCCAGCUAUUGUUGCAUUCUGGAACGCGUUCUUCCGACUCACCGAUGACGAGAAAGUCAAAUUUUUGCAAUUUCUGACUGGCACCACUCGCCUUCCGGUCGCUGGAAUGUCAGCGCUUGGUGCUAAAAUUCAAGCGUGUGCUCCGGAGUCGCUUCCUGUCGCUCACACUUGUUUCAAUCUGCUGGAUCUGCCGCCAAUUUCGGACAGCGAUGAAAUGUACCGGAGAUUGUUGAUCUCGAUUGAGCACACCGAAGGAUUCACACUUAUGCAGCUUCUGGUGCUGAUCAAACCGGAGAUUGUGGCACAUCAGGUUUUGCAACAGGUGGCGAUACGAGAGCUUAUCAAUGCGGGAAUUCGGAUCGAAGCGGCAAAACGGCUUCGGAUUGACGAGCGAAUGGCGACCGAGUUGUAUCAACAACAUAAGGGCAAAUUCUUCUACAAUCGUCUCGUUCGUCACAUUAGCAGCGGCGAGGUGAUCGCGAUGCGCGUCUCGGGCAACGUGCGCGCGUGCAUCGGCAGCAGUCGACUGUGGCCGCGCGGCGAUGUCGGCCAGCAGCCGUUGCGUCAGCGGCUCGCGCUCUCCGACGUGCGAAAUGUGGCGCACGCGAGCGACGCGGACGCGGCCGCCCGAGAGCUCGAGUUGUUCGAGCUCAACAGUUGUCAAUAA